AUGUGUGAGAUCCAGGUGCCUCCGUCGGACCUGCCGGAAAACCUUGGCAAGUUGCUCGAGGGGGAGGAGGGGGCAGAUGUCACGUUCAAGGUGAAAGGGGUGGUCUUCCAUGCCCACAAGGCCGUGCUCGCGAUCAGGUCACCGGUGUUCAAGGCGGAGCUUUGGGGACCGGUAGGGAAGAAGAACUGGUGCCGCAUAACCGUCCAAGACAUGGAACCCGCAGUUUUCAAGGCGUUGCUUCAUUUCAUCUACACGGACUCACUGCCCGCCGCCGGUGAUCUUGAUGGGGAUGAUUGCAAUGACGACAUGGUUGAAGAUUUACUUGUGGCUGCAGAUAGGUACGCCAUGGAGAGGAUGAAGUUGACAUGUGAGAGCAUCCUUUGCAGGAGAGUUGACGUUGACAAUGUUGCUGCCACUUUAGCUCUAGCUGACCGGCAUUAUUGUUGCAAGCUUAAAGAUGCCUGCAUUCGGUUCAUCAACUCUGGUAACAGAAUUAAGGGUGUUAUGGCAAGCCAGGGAUAUGAGCACCUCAAAAAAACAUGCCCUGCUAUUGUUAUGGAUUUGUUGGAGGAAGCUGCUAAGACUUUAGGAUGCUGA